GUGACGUCAGGGCGCAGUUCCUUCCCGCACCACAGCACAGGGUGUUUAUUCUUCAGCCUAUAAAGAACUUUGAUACUUUUCUAACCCUCAAAAAAUAAAAGAUAAGAAGAUUUAACGAAAACCAGAAACCACCAUCAGCAAAGAAUAUUUAGAAGAUGGAGAAGCUUGAAGAAGCGAGGAAGGAGCUGAAAGAACUGAAGGCUAAAGUGGAGAAAGCUGAUGAUAUCAAGGCCAGAAUCCUUCUUGAAAAAAUGGAGGCAGAUGACGCCAAGACAAAUGCUCAGCAGGAGAUGAUGGCACUUGCUAAAAAACAGGAGUCUUGCCAGAAAGAUUUCAAACAACAGCUGGACAUGGUGCAGGAUGAAAUCAAGAAGCUGUCUAAAUGCAAACAAGAUAUUCUGGAGAAACUGAAAAGAAGUAAAGCUGAACUGGAGGCUCAGCGAGCUGAGACUUCCAAACUGAAGCAAAGAUUCAAGAUUUGUGCCCAGAUUCCAAAGACAGAUGUGAAGUUUCUGGCUCGUGUCCCAGAGGGGGAGGAGGAGGAUAGAGAUGACAGCGGUCAGUCCAUUAGAGGAGUAUUUACCAUCAGUCAGAGAGGUGCAGUGCUUCUACGAGGAGGACAGGCACUCAUCACAUUUGAGGAAGAGAAAGUUGCUCAUCAAAUCCUGAGGCUGGCCAACUGCCGCGUGUCCUGUGAGAAAACCACCUUGGAUGUGAAACCCAAAGGCAUCAGCUUGGAUACUGCUGUGAAAUUUGAGGUAAAGUUGGAUGUUUCCAGAAAAGAGCUCAAAGUAUUCGACAUCCCCCCUGCAAUGUCAGAGGACAGAGUGAAGGACCGCCUGGAAAUAAGCUUUUCUAAACCAAGCAGGGGAGGUGGAGAAGUGGAGAGUGUUGAUUAUGACGUCAACACAGGAACGGGGACCAUCGUUUUUUUGAAACCUGGAGUUGCUGGGAAGUUGGCCAUGAAAGGAAUGUACAAAAUAAAUCUGAAAUCUGAGGUUAAAGUAGAAGUUGGACCAGCAUAUGAGUACAAGCUGGAAAAGUUUCAGACAUCUUGUUGCUCAUCCAAGCGAACCAUUCUUCUGGAAGGCAUUGAAGAUGUGGAGGAUGAGGAAGACUUGCAGGACCACCUUGAAAUUCAUUUUCAAAAACCAAACAACAGUGGUGGGGAAAUUGAGAGCAUCAAAUAUAUCUCUAAGGGAAAAACCCUACAGGCGUUUUUUAGUGAGGAUACAAUGGAAGUAGCCAACUAAAGUUAAGUAAAAGUGGUCAACUCCUGGAGAAAGGUAUGUUUGCAGGAAGAGAGGAAGGGCAUGACUCCAUGACCCUUUUUAAGACUUUCGCUGAUAUUUCUUUGAAUCUAGAAAAGUAGAUGUACUUUAGAUUAUAGAUGACUUUACUAUUAACAUUAAAUUACUUUAGCAUUUAGACAGUAUGUAGAUAUAAAAUUAGUGUAAAAUGUAAAGCAGACAAGCAUUGUCCAGUAACCAUGUAUAUCUUAAAAAAUCAGAAGCUAUCUUACAUCAUCUUUAAAUUCAGCAAAUUGAUUUUAAUGCAGAUCAUUGUGUGACGUAGCUGCAAAUAUUGUAGGUUUGGUGGUCUGUGGUUCAGGGGGCAGUUUAGGAGCCCUUAAAUCACUGUUGAAAAAAAGGAUAUAAUGUCUUGCUAAAUAAAGCUUCGCUGCAGAUCAACUCUUUAAAUCCUGUCUUUUAAGGUGUUUUUAUAACAUUGAAUUUCUCAGCACUUUGUGCUGUUUGUAUAUUGUCCUUUGGAUACCAAUAUUUCAUUAACCUUUAAAACAUUUUUUCUCAUCUGUGACAAAUGUUUGCAUACUGCAUAAAAAA